CUCUCUUUUGCAACAUGAUAGCAUAAAAAUACGAUUUAGGCAUGUUUCGGUUCAAAUUCCAUCAUGAGCGGCUCAGUGCUUCGCUGUGCUGUGAUGAAGACCUCUGAUGAAAUGGUCAGCAGCACCGAGGGCGCACGGAUUCCUCGCCACAUCUCUGAGUAGACGACCUCCUACCGACUUACUUCACGUCACCCCGCCCGUCUGCCUGCCGUCUCCUCCCUAAAACCUUUUUCCUCCGACCAACCCUUUGAGCGACUCUGGGCUUGGAGAGAAAGAAAGAAAGGAAAAGAGAUACAGAGAGAGAAAGUGUGGGAGAAUCAAAAUACAGACUCCCAACAUCACCUAGACUACCUGCUCCAGCACAACAAGGGGAGGAGGACGCACAAGUGCAGGCGCGUCCAUGCGUGCCAGCCGAACAAGACAUUAAGCGGGAGGGGAAAACAGGACCACAAAUAAAAUUGGAAUAAGAGUUGUAUCCUGAGAACUCUUUAGGGAGGAAAAGCGCACAGCUUUGCUACAAGAACAAGACAGCCUAAAUGAGUACAUGGUAAGAAGAGUCAUGCAUCUCAACAGAGAAGAAGACAACAGCAAAGGCUCAGUAUCUCUUAGUGUGUUCCUGGUGUCUGUUGCAUGUGUGGUUUGCGCUGUUUGGCUGGUUGCUCUAUGUGGCGUCUGCACCUGGUGUCAACGUAAACUGGGGAAAAGGAAUAAACCAGGGGUGGAGGCUGCAAGUUCUCCAGAUUCUGUGAGAGGUCGAGGGGAAAAUAAAGCCAUCAACGAUCUAGACAGAGACUUUUGGAAUAACAAUGACAGCAGCAAUGUGCAACAGAGGUGGAGCUCCUACCCGCCCAAGGAGUUCCUCUUAAACAUGUCUCCAUAUGCUCCCUACGGAGACCCUCGCCUCACGCCCAAUGGGGCCGUGGCUAAGGGUGGGCAGGGCGGUGCUGGACCCUCACCGGGGGCCAGCGACAGCGGGGUUGGUGCUUGUUCUGACACUGGGGCGGGACCAAGUCGCAGUGACAGCGUUCGGAGCAUGGUGACAGGGGGCAGCAAGGCCGGGCGCUGGCAGACGGUCCAGAGCCACAUGCAUGCCGGAGGCCUGCGGUUUAGCAAUUUCGGGGACACCUCCCUCUCCUCUGCCUCCACCCUGGAGCACAUCCCAUCCUCGGCCGUGGCUCGUCCUCGUCCCCUGGUCCGGCAGCAGAGCCUCCAACAGCCCCUCACUCACCAGCCCCCUCCGGGUCCCAACGACCCCCCGGUCACCUCACAGAGCCUGGGCCAGCUGCACACGGGUCCAGGUGGCGGGGGCCACCGUGGAGGCCCGCGGGGGGUCCGGGGGAGUCCGGCUGGAGCCUCCCGGUACAGAGGAGGAGGGGCGGGCCGAUCGAGGUCGAACCCAGGCAGCUGGGACCACAUGGUGGAGCAGAUCCGUCACAGAGGGCUGGAUGUCAAGUCGUUCUUUGAGGGGAAGAUGGUUGUUCUGUCUCUAGCUAUCGGGCUGGCUGAACAGGAUGACUUUGCCAACCUGCCAGAUCUACAGGAAGCACCAGCGAGCAAAGAAAACGAAACCACACCAGAAAAAAGAACUCCAGGUAACAAACCAGGCAACAGCCCCAGAGGACAGACCCCAGAUGAGACCGGACGGCGCCAGGGGCCAAGCCACGAUGCCAACUCUUCUGUUUCUGACUUGGCCAACUCGGUCACCAGUGACAUGCUCAUGGUAACACACAAUGCCAACACACUGUCACCAGGUUCGGAGGAAGACGACCACGAAGGUCCAGUGUGUGAGAAGCUGGGUCGCAUCCAGUUCAGCGUCGGAUACAGUUUUCAGGACUCCACCCUCACCGUUAAAAUCCUCAAGGGCCAGGAUCUGCCUGCGAAGGACUUUUCCGGUACCUCUGAUCCAUUUGUCAAACUCUACCUGCUGCCGGACAAGAAGCACAAACUGGAGACCAAAGUCAAGAGGAAGAAUCUGAACCCCCACUGGAAUGAGACCUUUCUGUUUGAAGGGUUUCCCUAUGAGAAGGUGGUCCAGAGGACUCUCUACCUGCAGGUUCUUGACUACGACCGCUUCAGCAGGAAUGACCCCAUAGGAGAGGUGUCCAUCCCCCUCAAUAAGCUGGACCUGGCCAACAUGCAGACUUUCUGGAAGGAGCUCAAACCAUGUAGCGAUGGCAGUGGAAGUCGAGGGGAUCUGCUGGUGUCUCUGUGCUACAACCCCACAGCCAACACCAUCACUGUGAGCAUCAUCAAAGCCCGCAACCUCAAAGCCAUGGACAUUGGAGGCACUUCUGACCCCUAUGUAAAAGUGUGGUUGAUGCACAAGGACAAGCGUGUGGAGAAGAAGAAGACGGUGGUAAUGAAGCGCUGUCUGAACCCUGUUUUCAAUGAGUCCUUCCCCUUCGACGUGCCUGCCCACGUGCUUAGGGAGACCACCAUAAUUAUCACUGUCAUGGACAAGGACAGACUCAGUCGCAAUGAUGUCAUUGGAAAGAUUUAUCUUUCAUGGAAGAGUGGCCCUGCAGAAGUAAAACACUGGAAAGACAUGAUGGGUCAUCCUCGUGCCGCCGUGGCCCAGUGGCAUGCUCUCAAGGCCUGAGGGAUCCAGCUACCAACCUGCCUACAGUGUUUUUCUCCCCAAGAAUCCAGCAUCAGCCUCCCAGCCCCUGCCCUCAGCACAUAUCCCCAACUCCCUGAACGCAGUCUCAAGGCUGCAGACCAUGUAUCAUCUCUUUGUUCUCAGGCCUCUUUGAUAUUCCGUCGCCCUCAGUCCUUGUGACACCAUCUUUAAAUUUCACCCCUGUCAAGCUCUGAUUCCCACCUGACCCCCUCUCAUCCGUUUGUCUGAACUUAAAAAUGUCUUUGAUGUCUUCACUUACUUCCUCCUUGUGCCCUCUUUAUGAGAUUCUGUUUUUUUUUCGACACAUCCCUCAGUCUGUCCUCCACCAAGUCAACCAUUCCCAGUAUUUAACAUCUGAGCAGUACCUCUUGCCACCGAUGAAUAUAAAUUACCAACCAAAAAUUUAAUUCAUAUUCCCACCAUCCUCCGUGGCGGCAAGAUGGGCUGUGUUCAAACAUGCACGAGUGUGACUGGCCCAUGCAACCCAUUUACCCCCUUAAUGUGGCGUUGCAGUGAGGAUUCGUCCUCUCUGCUGCUCGCCUUUUUGUUCAAGUCCUCUUCCGUUUCCGUCACUCUUCCUCCAUGCCAUUAAAAUGCCUGAAAAAUCAGGAAAACCCACACAGGCAAUGGAGGAGUGAUGGGCUGUAUUUAAAAUGGACUGCAACUGGACUCUGUCACUCGACUCAUGUUUGAACUUUUUUCACUUUUCACUCUUACUCUGGUACCACUGUAAUAAUUCUCCCUUUGGCUGGAACCCCUUUGUUGUCUGUGCGUGCUGUGGGUGAUGUGCUGUAACCCCAAAUGAAGUUCUCUGACAAAAAUAGGAUAUGAACAUGAACAUUUAACACUGGUCUGAUAGGGCAAGUGUCAAAAAAAUAUACACUUUCCUAUUUUCUUGGAAAAGAAAUCCCAAUGGACAGAAAGAAAAAAAAAGUGAUUAAUGUUGUGUUUUAUUUUUUGAUUUCAAAAGAAUUUAGAGAAUCAACCUGUUCUUCCAGACACAGAAAAUAAGCAAAAAGCAGCUUCCAUAAGUGUGGAAGUGUGGAAUAAUGUAUGAGUGUUUGUGUGUGUGACAGAGUAUUUUAGACUUGCACAGCUAAAUUGAAGAUGAGUUGAAAACAAAACUGCCCUUGAUAAUGAUGGUAGAACUGUUAGAAUUAGUAGAUUAGCUGAGCACGUGGGAGGAGGUCGCUGAGUUUAAAGGGUCAGUCCACCCAAAUCACAGACCACACGCAGUAUUUUGUAAUGUACUUUAGCCUAAAUAUUAAGCAAGACAGGCAGUUUGUGAUGGAAUGUAUUUGUGGUUCCAUCUGCGUUUGAAUUGUGAAAAUAAUCGGGGUGUUUGUUGAAUCAUGAAAGCCCUAAAUCCAAAAUUCCAUUUACUUCCAUCAUAAAGUUGGACUGAAACUUUCUGCCUGGCUUCGUAUUUCUAGGAAUAAAUGGAUAAAGCAUGUUUUUGUUUUUGUGACAAAUAAAAAACCUUAGCGCAAGGUCUCCUUUCUAGCUUUUUACUGCUUUGAAGCCCAAGACAUCAGUGGGGCAACACCCUGGAGAAGACAGGGAGUGAGGACCUCACAGCACCAACACACAAGUGGUUAGUUUUGGUGCAGUGACGCCUCCUGCAAGCCAAGACCUGAGAUUUUGGAUUAACCUGCACAGCCUAUGACCUAGAAAGUAGACCUUUUAGUGUUUCAUUUCUGUUUGCAAUGUUGAGAAUAAAUAUUUAGGCUCAUUUUUUUGUGAUUUGGGAGAACAGACAAUUUAAGAAUUCAGGCCGUAACGACUACAGAUGGGAUUAUGUCAAUAAAUCAUGUAGAUUAAAUUAAUCAAAACACAUUGUAUCCCCUCCAUUAGGCCUUACAGAAUACCAUGACUCUUGUCUCUUUUCGGUUCUACAGAACUCUGUGAGUCUAGUGACAAUUUUAGACUUGGUUUUGUGUUUUUGUAGUAAAGUUCCAGCUUCCACUUGUUUGCUUUACUGCCUGAAUGUGACCUCUCCUGAGUCCUGUAUAGACAUGUGCUGAUCAGAUGAAUGGAAACAAAUUAGAGUAAUAAUAUCUGGGGGGGGACGUCUUUUUACAUUCCACAGUUUUUGUCUACUGGGUGUGUGUAUGUGUGCAUGUUUGCACUGUGAGUGUGAGUGUCAGUAUUUGGACUUCAGUUCGUGUGAUUGUGUUUACUGUGAGUCCCUCUGUGUAUAUCUGCACUAAGUUCUAUUUUGCCAGUUUAAUACAGAACAGCAUUGUUGUUAUUUUGUAUGAAUCCAGAUGUACAAAGAAAUAUGUUUUUUUCUUUUUAAAGCGGUCACUUCUUUAAAAAUCACUGCACUGGUUGCCGACGAUGCUGGAACAAACCUCUCUCCAUCGCAGGGUUAUUUUCCUGGUGUGGUUUAACAGGGACGUUUGGUUUUGGGAGGAGGCCAAUCUGUUAUACACGAGCUGAGAGUGAAGGUCAUCGGAGAAGUGUCACAAACAAAGCUUUACGGCAACCCACAAUAAAAACCUGUUUUAUUUGAGCAUCAGACACCAGAUUUUUAGUUGAGAUAGAAGCAGCUAGCAACAUUUUGUCCUGAAUGUCCUAUCUAUCCUUCCUAUGUGCUCCAAUCUGAUUCACCAAGGCCAAAAAUCCAAGGGUGGCUCCUUAACAUCACAGCUGACGCUCCCCUCAAAACGCCCCCAUUGUGCACACAUGCUUUCUGGCACAAAGUGUUCUGUGUGUGCCUUAUAAACCCCGCCACGCCUUGCUCUUCACCAUAUGCGCUCCCUCCCCGAGAGUCAGGGAGGGGAGGAAAAAAAGGUGAUACGGGAGAUAAUCAUCACCUCUUUGCAAACUGUUAGCUACGUCUCAGGUCAGAGCCGAGCAUUGGAGCAUCCCAAAAUAACCAGGUACAUGGUCAUGUGUCUGUCCUGACGGCCCGCAUGUUAAACGGGGUUAUUUCAAAUGCUGCCGACAAAGCAUUACAUUCCAAAGGCUUAGGGAAAAGUCACUUUAAUCAAUGCAACUUAAAUAUUGGUUGAAGAUUAGUCAGGGUUUGGUAUAUUUUUUUAAAGAAAUCCAGCUAGAUUCAUCUUUCUACACUCUUCACUGGCCAAAUUACCACACACUGGUAAAGUUUCUUGUUUUAGGGCAUUUUCUUAAGGGACUGCUUGAGACAAAGAGAGGUUAACCAGCAACAUUUUAAUUUAUAUACUGUAUAAAUGAUUGUAAGUGUCCUGUAUGAAAAAAAAGAAAAAAAUCAUCAGUAUUUACUGGGGUUGUUGAUAUCUGUCUGUCCUUGGUAUCACUAACCCCCUGUCUUUCACUCACUUUUCUCUUUGUAGUUACACAUCCGUGGGGUGCCCAAUGUUAAAUAUCAACCAUUUAUUUUUUUGAAAUCUGUACAGUGUAUAUAAUAAUAUAAAUGUGUAUAUAAAACAAAAAUACUUCUGG